AAAAUACUCUAUUCGUUAGAAUGAGUCAAACAUUGAUCAAAGGAGCUUAUGUCAUUGAUCCAGCUGCAGGUGUUGAGGGCGUGAGGGACAUUUUAAUUGAGAAAAAUAUAAUUAAACAAGUAAAAGAUAAUAUAACAUUAUUAAACAAUGAGGAUGUUCAAAUUUAUGAUGGAGAAGGACUGAUCGCAUGUCCUGGUUUGAUAGAUGCCCAUGUGCAUUGUUUUAAGUAUGCGACACAACUUGGAAUCGACGUGGACAAGAGGUGUUUACUAAAAGGAACAACAAGUGUCAUUGAUGCAGGAAGUGCUGGCGCUGCUAACUUUUUAGGACUGAAAAAAUUUAUUAUUGAAAAAUCCAAAACACGAGUAAAAGCAUUACUGCAUAUCGCAAAUCAUGGCUUAACUUCUGCUGGCUGUGCUAGCAUUGAAACAGGAGGAGAAUGUGACUCACUUAACCAAGUUAAUGUAGACCAAUGUGUCUCUUGCAUUAACACAUUCCCAGAUGAUAUCAUUGGAAUAAAAGUAAGACUAAGCGAGAGUGUAUGUGGAGAUGGAAAAAAUGAAUUGGAAGCUUAUAAACGAGCACUUGAUGUGAGUAAGUUGACUGGAAAACCACUUAUGACCCAUCAUGCAUUCUCAUCAGUACCCACUCAUGCGAAUCAUGCAGAGAAUAUUUUGGGUUGUCCUGACAGUUUGAAUAUGGGAGACAUCUAUACCCAUAUGUAUCAUAGCUACAUAAACAAGAAUAGAGAGGUCAAUGCAAGUUUUGUUGCAGCACGGAAUCGUGGUGUUCUAUUUGAUGUUGGACAUGGGAUGGGUGGGUUUCACUGGGAAAAUGCCGAAAUAUGUUCUAAAUAUAACUUCUGGCCAGACACAAUCAGUACCGACCUUCACACGUUAAGCUGUUAUGAUGGUCCAGCUUAUGAUCUUACCACAGUUAUGUCUAAAUUUUUGCACUUGGGAAUGCCAUUAGUAAAAAUUAUUGAAGCAGUUACAAUAACACCUGCAAAAAUAAUGAAAAUGGCGAACGUGAUUGGAUCGUUAGAAGAAGGUAAAGAGGCAGAUGUUACUUUACUAAAGAUUAGUGAGAAAAGCUACGCUAUGGAAGAUUGCCAUAAUAAUACAAGGGAAAUAAAAAAAAGAAUAAAAGCCAUUUAUGUGUGGAAAGCAGGGAUAAAAUAUGACUGUGAAACAUGAUAGAAGACUUAUCAUAACCUUAUACUGUUCCUACAUACUGCGUUGUAUCAUUAGUAUUUAGGAAAACUAUUUCUAUUUGAAUUGAGUUUAACAACCUUUAUUCUAAAAUAAAUAACUGUUCCGAGUAAUUCUCAGGUUUAUGAAAUGUAAAAAAUGACAAAAAAAAUUGUGUUAACAU